AUGUCUAACCAGUCAAGAGUGAAUGGAUUCCUUCUUCAUGGAUUUGCUGAAAUCCAGCAGUUGCAGAUAUUCCACAUCAUCAUUUUUGUCAUGAUGUAUUUGGUGGCCUUCAUAGAAAACCUUCUCAUCAUCACAGUCAUCAUCUAUAGCCACCAGCUUCAUACACCCAUGUACUUCUUUCUGGCCAACCUGUCAUUCCAAGACUUUGGCUCCAUAUCUGUUACAGUUCCCAAGUCCAUUGCAAAUUCAUUGAUGAAGACCCAAACCAUCUCUUACUCUGGAUGUAUCUGCCAAGUCUCCUUUCUUGUCUUCUUCAUGGUCUCCCACUUCAUCAUUCUUGGUGUCAUGGCAUAUGAUCGUUAUGUUGCCAUCUGCAAUCCACUGCAUUAUGAGACUGUUAUGAACAAAAAAGCUUGCAUUCAGAUGGCAGCCAGUGCAUGGAUUGGUGGAGUUUUUUAUUCAACUAUGUACACUGGGGCUACAUUCAGAUUUGAGUUCUGUUCUAAUGUCAUCAAUCAGUUCUUCUGUGAAAUCCCACAACUGCUGAAAAUCUCUUGCUCUGACUCAUAUCUCAAUGAAAUUUGGGUUCUGAUUUUUGGGUCUUCUUUUGGCUUCAUUUACUUUUCUCUAAUUAUUUUUUCUUAUGUUCAGAUCUUCAGAGCUAUUCUUAGAAUCCCAUCCAGCCAAGGGAAGCAAAAAUUCUUCUCAACUUGCUUGCCUCACUUUAUUGUUAUUUCCCUGUUUGUGGUAAGUGGCACCUUUGUCUAUUUCAGACCAAGUUCCAGUUCCCCAUCAGCAUUUGACCUCCUGGUUUCUAUGUUCUACUGCAUGGUGCCACCAGUAAUGAACCCACUCAUAUAUAGCAUGAGAAAUAAGGAACUGAAAGUGGCAUUCUGGAAACUGAUUACUAACAUUUCUCCCCCAAUCCUUCGGCAAAAACCGUUCUCCAGUGCAUUUUAA